AUGUACAAGUUUGCGGACUACUUCCAGCAGGGUGACACGGAGUCUACCAGCAAGUUCAUUACCAAGGGCGGCAAACGCGUCGACUAUCAGACUAGUGGCACAAAGCUCGUUCCGACGGACUUCCUCGCCCCCGUGACGUCGCACAACCCGCUCCGCGGCUCUCUGCACCACUGCAUCCUGCUCAGCUACUACUUCGCGCGGCCCGAGGCGCUUGCGUUCAGCAAGACCGAGGAGCAGGUGCGCCAGGUGGGCCCAAGAGCGAGCGAGGCGCUCGUGAAGGGCAAGGUUUUCGAGGGCAACCGGCCAAGCAACAGCAUCCUCUUCCCGCUACUCACGCCCGCGACGCUCGGCUCACUCAUCGCGCUCUACGAGCACAAGAUCUUCACGCAGGGCGUCAUCCGGGGUAUCAACAUGGUCGGUGCGUGCCUCCUUGGGUGGGUGGGUGUAUAUAUGCGCGUUUGCUGA